AUGGCUGAACCAGAGGAUGUUGAGGAAGAUCUGUUCGCCGAUCUGUACGAUGCGGACGACGCUGGAAACCACACUGCUGCGGCGGUUGAGACCUCUCAAAUCUCCCAUCCUAACCUUACAGAUAUUCCCGCCCCGUCUUCAGAGCCUGCUGUUCCGCAGCCUAUCGAACAAUUUCAGGACCGUCCCGAAGCCUCACGUGACAUAUACCAGAACCCACAAUCCCAUGGUUACCAGAAUGGCGCUGGCAGUCAGGAUCCUGGUUUUGCCAGUACUUCUGCUGUUACUUCCACCCCGUUGGACACCGAACCUCAAGGAACCGGCAUCAAAGAAGAUGGGAAGAUGUUCAUCGGUGGUUUAAACUGGGAGACGACAGACCAGUCUCUUAAAGACUACUUUUCCCAGUUUGGAGAGGUGCAAGAAUGCACUGUAAUGCGGGACAGCGCGACCGGUCGCUCCAGAGGAUUCGGGUUCCUGACUUUUAGGGAUCCCAAGACUGUCAAUACUGUGAUGGUCAAGGAGCACUAUCUCGACGGAAAAAUUAUUGAUCCGAAGCGGGCGAUUCCUCGUGACGAACAGGAAAAGACAAGUAAAAUCUUUGUCGGAGGAGUCAGUCAAGAAGCCAACGAGCAGGACUUCAAGCAAUUCUUCAUGCAAUUCGGCCGCGUGAUCGACGCCACGCUGAUGAUCGAUAAAGACACCGGCCGACCCCGUGGAUUUGGCUUCGUUACGUUCGAUAGUGAAGCGGCCGUCGAGGCUGCGCUCUCACGGCCUCUUGAAAUCCUCAAUAAACCGAUCGAGGUCAAGAAAGCACAGCCACGGGGCAAUUUGCGCGACGAGGAAGACCGCAGGAACCGCCGUGGCAGAGACGGGUUCCGAGAGGGUGGCCAGCCCGGCUCUGAUGCAGCGCAACCGCAGCAGAGUGGCCAGGGUCAGGCUGGCGGUCUCACGCCGCAAAUGAUGGCGCAGUAUUGGCAGCGGAUGCAGCAGUAUUUCGCAAUGAUGCAGCAGCAGAUGGCGGUUGCUGCCCAGCAAGGACAAGGCAUGGGCGCGAUGGGGAUGGGCGGCAUGAACCCGGCCAUGAUGCAACAGCAGAUGCAGAUGAAGCAGAUGCAGCAAAUGCAGAUGGGUAACAAUCAGCAGCAAGGAAGCAUCAGCCCUCCCUCGCAGAGCCCGACCCCGCAGGGCAUGCAGAACAUGAUGAAUCCCGCCAUGAUGCAACAAAUGCAACAGAUGCAGCAGAUGCAGAAUCAAGGCCAGGGAAGUCCCUCCGGGGGCAGCAUGACUGGCCAGAUGGGGGGCAUGGGGGGCAACAACAGCCCUGGAAACAUGAACGUAGGCGGUAAUUACACGGGGGUCCGCGGGGGACCAGGUUACAACGCCCACGAACAGAUUGCCUUUGAACAGCAGAAAUACGAGCAGCAGCAAGCUCGGCGCGCCAUCGAAACCCGCGCCUUUUCUCCCUACCAGCAGGGCGGUCCGACCUCAUGGGAAGGUAUGUACGACGAAGUGCCUCAGCCCAACAUCCCCACCGGGCCCCAGGCUAUGACGCGCGCCGGCAGUAUGGGACGAGGACCGACCCCUCAGCCUCAGAACGCCGCUCCCGCCAACGCGCCCACCGGCCCCAAGAAUGCCGGGAAGCCCGGUGCGAAUUACCGUGGUGGCGGCCGUGGAGGUCAUCGUGGAUUCCAUCCCUAUGCGCGAGGCUAA